UUGGCAAUGCGUGGUUUGUAUGUACCGCAAUGAGUAGUUAUACUGUCGUAUAUUUUUGUCUGAUAUGUUGUUAGGCAGAGCGGUGAGGGAUGGUGUAAAGAAAUGAAAUAAUGGUUUCUUAAUUCGAAGCAAUUUUGUACAAUCGUUUAUUGGAUUACUUUGUAACCGUUACUUAAUGAACGACAAUGAGUUUUAUGAUGAUAUGCCAGCUGACAAUAUUUUGUUGGAAGAUGAGGCGGAAGACAAGUUAUUGGCAAGAGCUCUGGAAGAAAGCCUUAGACACUAUAGGGAGGUAGAAAUACCGCUGAGACAAUCGCAGCUCAUAGAUGAGAAAAGUCAAACUGCGAAACCAGGAACAAGCCAGGAUGAUGCAUUUUCCAGCACAACUAAUGUCUCCGCAGAACAUCUGUUACAAACAACAUCAAAAUCUAUUCUCUACGAAGGAAAAGAUGCAGAAGGCUUUGAUCUUUCAGCUGGACAUAUUUGGAUAUAUCCCACAAAUUAUCCUGUGAGACAGUACCAAUAUGACAUUGUGAAGUGUUGUCUGUUUAAGAAUACAUUAGUCAGCUUGCCCACAGGUCUUGGUAAAACUUUCAUUGCGGCUGUGGUGAUGUACAACUUCUAUCGGUGGUUCCCACGAGGAAAGGUGAUUUUCAUGGCACCCACUAAACCACUAGUCCAUCAGCAGAUUGAAUCAUGUUAUAAAGUAAUGGGAAUACCAAAGGAUGAUACAGCUGAGGUUACAGGUUCCAUGUCUCCUCCAGAGCGGGCUGUGGCUUGGAAGAGGAAGCGGGUCUUCUUUCUGACACCUCAAGUGUUAACAAAUGAUUUGACUUCUGAUCUGUGUCCAGCUGCGAGCAUUAAGUGUGUGGUAGUGGAUGAAGCUCACAAGGCACUGGGAAACUAUUCAUAUUGCCAGGUGAUGAAGGCCUUGUUGCCUUUGAACAACAAUUUCCGUGUGUUGGCGCUGUCAGCAACUCCAGGAUGUAACUUUCACGCUGUUACACAGAUUGUGAGAAAUUUGAUGAUAUCACACAUGGAACUUCGUAAUGAAGAUUCUCCAGAUGUAACAGUUUUUACACAUAAGCGCCAUGUCGAGACUGUUGUUGUGUCUCUUGGGACUUAUCUGUCAAGUGUUAGGGAACGUUUCAUGCUGAUACUUGACAGACAUUUGGGUUUCUUAAGAAUGCAUAAAGUCCUGUAUGCAGAGCGCACAAAGUUUGGGAUACUGAAAGCCAGAGACAUGUUCCGUCAGAAUCCUCCAUCACAUAUACUACGAGCACAGUCUGGACACAUCGAGGCAAGAUUUGCUGUGUGCAUAACUCUUUUACAUUCACUGGAGUUACUCUCACUGUAUGGUCUACGCUCAUUUCAUAAGUUUUUGGUUGGCGUGUUAAAUGAAAAUCGAGGAACGGCAGUUGUUCACGCGUAUCUAAAGAAUGAGAGUGAUUUAGAGAAGUUACUGGAUGAAUUGAGGGAAAAGCUUGGACCAGACAACCAAGUGGACCCUGAGCCUGACACGUCCAUGCCAUUUCCACAUAGUGGACAGGAAUCAGCAUCAUAUGUGUACUCGCAUCCAAAGGUGGAGAAGCUGCAAGACAUUGUGGUGCAUCAUUUUAAAAGUUUCCAGGAGAAGAAUGUUGUCACCCGAGCCAUGAUAUUCUGUCAGUAUCGUGACAUUGUUAUUGAAGUGUGCCAUAUCCUGCAAAAGCACCACCCUUUAAUUAAACCAAUGACCUUUGUGGGUCAAUCAUCGACUGGCAAGAACUCUAAGGGCUUUACUCAAAAACAGCAACUUAAGGUAAUGCAUAAGUUCAAGGCAGGAGGCUACAAUACACUCAUCUCCACUUGUGUGGGGGAAGAAGGUCUGGAUAUUGGUGAAGUUGAUCUCAUUGUGUGCUUUGAUGCACACAAGUCUCCUAUCCGGCUCGUGCAGAGAAUGGGGCGGACUGGGCGCCAGCGUGAAGGCCGCAUUGUGAUGCUGGUUACUGAAGGCAAGGAGCAUUCUAAUUUUAAGACAAGUAUGUACCAGAACCAGACAAUGAACAAGAAACUUCUUGAAGGGAGCUCCAUCAGAGCCCAUAUGUACGGGAAUAAUCCAAGAAUGAUCCCACCAGGUAUUGAGCCUCAGUGUCACCGUAUGUUCAUCACAGUACCCACUGAUGCAGAGACAUAUUUAAACAAAAAGAAGCAGAGGCUUCAGGAUAUUCGAAAACUGAUGGGGAAUCCAAGUAACAGUAAGGUAAUAGGACUGAGAAGGAAGGAAGUAAGCUCACCAUACUGCACAGAGGAUGAGCUAGCAGAUUUUUGGGGUGGAAGAACAGUUCCAGCAUUUGAUAGGUUUCGAGACAUGGAGGAACUACAUUCAAAAGGAAAACGUGAGCUUCACCAAGCUUUCAAUGUGGACAGGGUUUCCAACCAGCAAGAUGACUCCCAAAAAUUGGACCUCGGAAAAUGGUUGCAAUGGCAACAGACUUUGCAAUCUUCUGUGUUGGUGAGGCACACUGAUGACUGUAGAAUGCUGACAGAACUCCUUCAGUAUGCUGAAAACCUACAGUGUCCAGUAGAGUCCGCACAAACAGAAGGUGUGUUGUCCAAGGAACAGGACAGUUUGAUAUGGCUAAAACAAAGGAGGAAGGGCAAACAUUUUGUGAAGCGAAGAGUUAGGUCUCCUACUUCAGAGUGUGAAGUGGGAACUCAUCUUAAUUCAGGUCUUAAACACAGUGUGAAUAAGGACCAAGAGAUUGAUAAAGCUUAUACUGAACCUGAAGUUGUGCAGUUUGAAAGCAUAGCUGUCGAGUCAAGCUGCAUUCCAUUACUUCAGACAACAGCAGAAGAUAUGAAGGAAAAUGCAGAUGGAGAAACGAAUGCAAAGUCAUAUAUGGAAUUGAAAGAAAUGUGUAAUGAUCACAGUUGUGAAAUUGCUCAUAAUUUUUUGGCAGAAAAAAUAAGUGGACAUAAAGCUUUUCCAGAAAAGAAUGAUUUAACUAGUCAUGACUUAUGCUAUUUUUGCAAAAAUUCUUUAUUUUACUGCCAUCAUAUAAUGGCUUGUUCAUCUGCCAUUAGGAAUAAGACAGAAGACAGUGGAUGUUACAAGCCUCUUGAUCCAUGUGCUCUGGACAAUUUCACUGAGGCUAAUGUGAAUGCAUUUGAUUUAAGGCAGUUUCUGGACCUGGAAAAUGGUUCAGUUAAUGAAGGCUUUGAUCACAACAUUGACAUCUCUGUUAUCAAACAAAAACUUACCAUUGACUGCAACCCUGAAAGUGCCAGUCAGGUACAGUCUCAAAAGAAUGGCGGGAACAUGAAAAUUAACUUUCAUUUGGACUUCGAUCUGUUUGAGAAGUGCUUGUUUGAGGAUGAGCUGCUUCCUGGGAAUCCCAUUGGCAACUUGAAAGAUGAAGUGGCAGUUCCUGAAGUAGAUCAAAAGACUUCACACAGUGAUGUGAACGUUUGCCCUCAUAAUAGAUACAGAAAUUCAGAUUUAGUAGAAAUCGAAAGCAGAAGAGACAGUAUGAUAACACCAAAAAGAGAAAUGGAAGAUGUGCAGGAAUCUCCAGGUAUGUGUCCUUCCAGUAUUGCAGCAGGCAUAGCCAAUAAACCACGUAACAUAGAACAUUUACCACUAAGAGGUGGACAGAUGGAAAGUUGUUUAGAUUCAACAAACCAUUCUCCCAAGGAAACACCAAACAAACCUUGUAAUCUCUUGUUCUCACCUGUGUCACCCAUCUUUUGUUCUGCGCCAAAGAAUGUCAUUCUCAAACCAACACGGACAGUACCCGUAUGCUCAACACCAAAAACUCAUAAGAAGAAUCUGUUCCCAAGAUGUUUAAGGACUGUACAAGAAGAAGGGGGAAAUUUGACUUCAAGCAGAACCCAGCGGCUGGAAGUCAAGGGUGAGACGUCUGUGGACACUGUCAUGGCUGGUGACUGUGAAGACCUGCUACUGUUGAAUUCACUUGUAUCUAACGUUCCAAGUCCACCAAGACCUAACUUUGAUUUGUUCGGUGUGACACAGGAACUUUUUAACUUGGAAUCUGAUGCAAAAAGGGUGGAACAUUUGAGGAAUCAAGAAGUCUGUACAAGCACCACACUGAACUCUACAAUGUACACUGUCACACAACUCCUCGGUAUGGUCAGUAAGACGAUAAGUAUGGAGAACAGGAAAGAAUUUCAGGUUACAUCACAGCAGAACACUGUUACUGAUGUUGAAGAGUUAGUAUUGCCAUGUGAGUCAGUGGAAGGAGCCAUGGCCACUGAAGAAAGAAGUAAACAUGUACAAGAGUGUUCUGAAAAUGUCCUCUCCUGUGAUGUACCCAGCAAAUUCAGUAAAUCACAUACCAUAGCACAUGUGUCUUCAGAUUCAAUAAACUAUGCUCUUAAAGACAAACCCUCAGAUGCCACAUCACCAGGAUGUCCAAUCGUCUGUUCUCAGAUAAGAAAAUAUUCUCAUAGCCCAACAAAUAAAAUGACAUGCCCUGCAGUUCAAGAUGUGUCAUUAAAUGGUGAUAGGAAAUCGGAAGAAGAGUACUUGGAACAUGAUUAUCUUCGUGAUAGUGAUGAUGAUAUUUUUGCUGAUUUAGCUGUGGAUUGUUGUACCCUCACUGCCUGUAAACAGAGCUCACCAGUAACUUCAGCGAUUGUUCAGGGAGAGUGUGCAGUGGACAUUGUACCAGAAACACAUAGUGACAGAUCUGUGAACCAUGAAGUUGUUGAGUCGGAGGAUGGCAUUGCAGAAAAACAAGUAGUUGAUCCAGUGCUCGACUUUGGGGUUGCUUCAGUUAAAACCUUAGUACCAAAAAUAUCUGAAUCUGUUGUCGGUAAUAGUCUGCCAACCACUGCAGUAAGAAAGCCAUUACUUUCACGCAUGAGUUCAAAGUAUAAGUUAAAAGAAUCAGCUAAGUUUACUUGCAUGGAAAAUUUAUCAGUAAAAAUUGUAGGAAGUUCACUAGAUAAAUCAUCUGCAGAAUCAAAGAGAAGAAAUAUUGAUAGGGAAAGUCCAUCCAGAAUCAUAAGGGAUGAAAUUCAGUAUGCAGAAGUUUCUAAUGCUGCUUCCAACGCUGUAUUUUGUGACACGAAGAAGGAAACGAGUAGAAGUAAAAAUUUUGAGGGCCAGGCAGAUUGGCUUGUCUCUUUUGGCUCGGAGAGGACAGUACUGCAUAACAAGGGUAUCAGUGAGAAAGAGAGAGUUACUUGCAGAGCUCCAACAUCAGAUGAUGAUUCACCAGUUAUGAAGCCUCUUGUAAGAAACAGGAAAAUAAAUAUUUCUUCAAUAUCUAAUGAAAGUGUAAUUUUAUCUCCACAUGAUACAAAUAACCCUCCUCAGAACGCAUCUGAUGAAAAAAUAAAGCAGUGCAAGUCAUUUCCUGUUCAACACUGUGGUUGGUUAACAAGCCGAAUGAGUAACCGGCCAAGACUUACUGCAGGUGUGAAUAAUAAUAAUAAUAAUAAUUUAAGUGGCAACAAACUUAAGGACAGUUAUGUACCAGUAAUGACAACUGAUGUAAUUGAAAUUUCUUCUGAAGAUGAUUCAGAUUUUGAAUCCCAAAGUUUAGUGAGACUGAAGAAGAGAAAUGAAGGCAAGGUUAUCUGUGAAACUGACAAAAAUGUAAACCAAAGGAAGACGCUUGUUAAAAAAAAAUCCAAGCAUUCUUUACCUCAGUGCAUCUUUGUGGAAAGAGAGGCUGAGGAAUCUGGUUCAUGCCCCUCAUCAAGUUUCAAUGAAGAAGACAUCAGUGGUUUCGAUGACUACGAUUCCAGUUUUGUUAGUGAGUCGGGUAACCAGACACACACUGAUAUACAAGCCAAAUUUCUUCAUUCUAUCAUACGAAGUCCAGGUGAUCGAUGUGGACGAUUCAAGAUGCCUGCUCAUAAACCAGCAGUGCCACUGGACAGCGUAUUCUCCGAAGUGGAAGCAGAUUUUGAGACUUCUUACUUAGAUGACUCAUUCUGUGUGAAUGAAGAACCACAGAGUGAGGAGAUGGAAGCUUCAGCUCUUGAAGUAGCUGAAGCCAUAUUAGAAGCAGAGUCUAAAUGGAAACGAAGAAGAAGAAGAAAACGUAAGGGGUCAAGCAGUGUUAGUGACGUCAGUGACUGUGGAGAGGGAACUAGUGGAAAAAACGUUAAAUCUAAUUCAAUUAGGAAUAAUAAACGUUAUUGCCGGAUAAUUACAUUGGAGAGUUCAGUUAGUGAGGAUUUUCAGGAUGUUUCAGAACCUCUGCCCAAAGAAUGUACUGAAAGUGGAAAUUCAGUCACAGAAACAGAACUAAAUUGUCUAGUGUAAAUAAUCCAGAAACUAAAUUUGUUUGCAAGAAAUUGGUUAGCCAUGAAGCCUUAAGUAACGAGUCUCUGGCAACCAAAGGAAGUGUUUCUAAGACUGAAACGGUGGAAGUAGGUGUUGCAGUUGAAUAGGGUUGGAGUGACUGGAAUUUUGAAAAUUUUAAAUUGUCUUCAUGUAAUGAAGUCUUAAAGAAAGAAAAGAAACAUUCAUAUGUGGCGUUAAAAAAACUGAAGAACACAAUUUUAAUUCAUCUUCAAAAAGAAGGUCAAUAGAAGGUGAAGUUUGGUUCAGAUGGAGUGGGAAUGAAUGGAAUAGGAUUACCAAUUUUAACAUGUUCAGGACACUGAAGAAAAUCAGUUACCAAGGCUGUUUGUUCACUGAAUGCAAAAUUUGAUGAAUAAAAUAUGUUUAAUUUACUAUCUGAGGGUAGUGAGACAAGACAAGUGA